AUGGAUCCUGGAUCUGCGAGGAAACGAAGCAUCAGCAAUGGUGCAAAUGAUUCGCGCCCGCAAAAGCGUAAAGUCACACGCGCCUGCGACAUUUGCAAAGCGAAGAAAGCCAAGUGCUCUGGUAACCAGCCUUGCGAGAGCUGUGCGAACAGAGGCUGGGACUGUCUCUAUCAGUCUUCUUACUCGCGUGGGAAACCUCCGGAGGUACCUCUCUCCAACGCUCGCGCGAGACUCGGUCCGUCUGAUCUCCAUGUUGAUGGCAAUAUGCAAGCGACACAUUCCCCAGCUUUCGAUACCCAAGAGAUACAGGCACCCUCGCGGGCCUCACCCGAGCUUGAAAUACUAGGACAGUACUCCGACUCGACCUCGGGCUUGUCAUUUCUCCACCGUGCUUGGACACGUCUGCACGAUAAUCGCAACAGCCAACUUGCGGAAGGGGCCUUGGAAACCUCUGUGGAUGACCAACUACUGGUCUCAGCAGGCGAUAAACCAUUCCAAAGGCGCACUGAGAAAUUGCGAAUACCCCCUCUUUCCAAAUGCCACGAGCUACUGGCUUUGUAUUUCGAUAUUUGCAUAGCGACCUACCGCAUCCUCCAUCGGCCCACGGUUGAGUUAUGGUUACCAACAGUGGUGGGAAACGCACAAAAAGACUCGCAUCUUGCUGAAGGCAUUUCAAACGCUCAAGCGUCCAUCGUCUUGACCGUGCUUGCUGUCGCUAGCUUUCACGAGGCGAAAGCUCAGGGCUCAGACGGCUCAUCAGAGACCGACGAAGCGCUGCUACACUGUGAUCUACUGUUCUCCGAAUCCGCCCACCUGGUGGAAACAGAGACUGGGUAUCCUACUCUAGAAUCCGCACAAGCACGACUAAUUCAGGUUCUUUAUCUCCUCACCUCAUGUCGUAUGAAUCAGGCUUGGUACACUUUUGGGCAUACUCUGCUUAUUAUCUCUACCCUGGGUUUGCAUCGCCGUGAGCAUCGUAGAGGACGAGUGAGCCCUCGAAAUUUCAUCGAGGAACAAUGCCGAAAGAGAACUUUCUGGGUAGCGUAUACACUCGACAAGUAUCUCGGUGUCGUGUUUGGGCGCCCGCGGCAUUAUCACGAUGACGAUAUAGAUCAAGAUCUGCCUGAUCCCGUCAAUGACGAGGACAUGACUGUCAACGGACCGAGAAAUAUCGUAACCGAUGACUGCCAUAUCAACUCGCUCAUCUAUCAUGCUAAACUUGCACAAAUUGGGGAACAAAUCUUGCGACAGGUCUACUCAAUCAAACGCAGCCCGGACCAUGAAAAAGUCGCAGCAUCUCAUGAGCUCGGCCUUCAACUGCGGCAAUGGAAAGCUUCAUUGCCACCUAUAUUGGGUGCAGUGAAUCCUUCCAGCCUUAUUCCAGCGUUCCGGCGGCAAGCUACAGUCUUGAAGCUUUCAUACUGUCAUGCCGUGAUACUUGCGCACCGCCCCUUUCUCUUGAAGAACGUCAGCCAACAACCUGCAGAGGUACGGAAACUAGCUUCUGAAAGUAUCGAUGAAUGUAUUGGGGCAGCGCAGUCGGUCCUCGUGAUAGUUGAUCGGGUUGCGCAAGAUGGCAAGCUCUUCCAUGCGUUCUGGUGGACUCACUAUGUCGCCUUUUGCGCACUCGCCGUUGUUUAUGUUUGGUCCAUCCAACGGUGCCGCGACCUGAAGACCGUAGACGGUUUUCAUGAAGAGAUCCUUAAUCGGGCCGAACAAUGUUUGAACCAUCUUGCCCAAGCCACAGCUAGCAACUCGCCCUCGCGACGGUACAGCAUCAUCUUACAAGAACUCCGAUCAGAGGCAAAACGCAAGAUUGCACGUCGUCUGGAAACAGCCGAUGUUCUCGCAAAUCAUCGCGAGGGUGAAGGCAUUUCAGAUUCGACCACCAACAUAUCAACCAAUCAAAAUGCCGAUAUCGAUCACUGGAACCCCAUGUUCCGCAGUUCCACCGAAUCUACGAGCCCACAAAUCGCGAAAUUCCUUGACGGCUGGCAGACAACCGAUUGGCUUGAUCUCGAUUCAUCUGCCUUUGGACCGUUUCCAGUGCUCGAAGACAAUACGAUCAACUGGAUGAGUGGAAUCAGUGAAGAUAGAUAG